AUGUGGCUGUGGAUUUCACCAAGGAGGAGUGGCGCCUCUGGACCAUUCUCAGAAAGAGCUGCACAAGGAGGUCAGAUGCUGGAGAAUGCCCAGAACCUGCUCUCCCUGGGUAAGGACCAAGACUUCCCCUGUUUUUGGGACAACUAUUCCUUUAUUGUACAUCAGAGAAUCCACAAUGGAGAGAAACCUUAUGGAUGUAAUCAAUGUGGAAAGGCUUUCACAAGGCACUCCACUCUUGCUUCACAUAAGAGAAUCCACACUGGAGAGAAACCUUAUGAGUGUCAUGAAUGUGGUACAGCUUUUAGUGUACGCUCUUAUCUGAUUAAACAUCAGAGAAUCCACACUGGAGAGAAACCUUAUGUAUGUGAUCAAUGUGGAAAGACUUUCAGACAGCGAGCUAAUCUUACUGUUCAUCAGAGGAUCCACAGUGGAGAGAAACCUUAUGAAUGUAAUCAAUGUGGAAAAGCUUUCACACAGCACUCUCAUCUUAUUCAUCAUUGGAGUAUCCACAGUGGAGAGAAACCAUAUGAAUGUAACCAAUGUGGAAAAGCUUUCAGAUGCAGCUUCAGUUUUGCUUCACAUAAGAGAAUACACACUGGGGAGAAACCAUAUGAAUGUGAUCAAUGUGGAAAAGUUUUCAGGAGGUCCACGUUUCAGGAAUCAGUAGCAUCCAAGGAUGUGGCUGUGGCCUUCAGCCCGGAGGAGUGGACCUAA